AUGAGAAUAUGCCCGAGUUCUUCUGACAUCAAAAAGCACUAAAAAAAGGCUAAAACCUGCAUAAACUUAUAUUCAAAGUCCUUAAAUUUGUAACUUAAAAUGUCAAGCAAAUUGUUUUUUUUCAGGAUUUUUGAUAAUGAAACAAAUUAAAUAUCCGAGUUAUUUUAUGAGUUGCAUGUUGAUUAGAAUUUCAAACCUAAUUUAUGCAAUGAUUUCUUGAUCCACUAUAAUCACUUGUAAAAUAUAGUGAUUUGUGAUAGAAACUUUAUAACUUUACUAUCAUUAUUUUUGAUGGAUUUUAAUGACCCUCAAGAAGCCUAUAUCGAUUUAUUAAAGACUAGUAAACUAACCCCAGAGAAAUUUAGAUAAGUUGGACCGAGCCUGUUAUAAAGCACUUUACUUGGUAACAUUGAACUUUUAAAUAAUGGAAUUUCAUAAUUAUAUAAGGGGUAAGUGAAAUUCUAUAACGAGAAAAGGAAACUAAAAACAGUAUCACUCGAACAAGUCGAUGUAGCUUAUAUUUAACUUUAUGUCUUCUUUAUUUGGCUCUCUGGGAAUAGAUGAAAUUUUCUCCAGUUUUCAAGAAAUUGUAAAGUUCUUCGAUUAUAAAUCAGAUUCUGAAUUUCUUAUAUGUAGAAUUGCUUAAACUGAUUAUGAUCUGAUUUAAUGUGUAGGAGACAUGUGAACAAUUAAAAGAAUUAUAAAAAGGCUUAAACACAUUAUUCAAAACAAUCUACUUCGCUUAGUCAAUUUACCAAGAGAAUGAUCUUCGAAAACUACUGAAAAAUUUUAACUAUGAAAGCAGUUUGGAUUUACAAUAGGUUCUUUUAGUUACUUGUGAAAUAAUUUAAGAUAAUGAAUAAUAAUUGUAAUUAAAAAGUUCGCUCUUACCUGUUUAAUAUGAACCCAUUAUUGCUUCAUUGGUAGUUUAAGAAAUCAUAUCAAAGUAUUAAGAAGAAUUUAAAUACUAAUUAUAUAUUUACUAAAGUUUUAGAAUAAUUUAUAUAAUUAUUAAUUAUCAUUUAUGUAAUAACCAAAUAAUCUGA